CCCUCAUAUUUUUUCUCUUUCUAUGACAUUCUAUUCAUAUCGUGUUAUCUCAGCAGCAAGAUUUAUUUUAAUUUUCCUCGAUUUUAGGGAACUGCUAAAUCUUCUAAUGGCUGCCGAAGACCAUCCACAAAACAGCUGAUGUGCGUCUUUUACUUUAUACAUAAAGUUAUUGUGUGUUCCUUUGUUUGUGACUCUAUUUUUUUAGAUUAGAUGGUCCGGUGUUUGUGUUUACAUUGUAUGCGACGUACAGGAUGUCACUGACCAUACAACAAAUAAUUUUGGAUGCAAAAAGACUCGCUGGUCGGCUUAAGGAGCGGGAGACUGAAGCGGAUGCGUUGCUGACUGAAACUCAAACAGCAUAUAGACAAAUAAGCACGAUGAAACAGUACAAGGAAGAAGUGGACACACUUAAUGAGGCAUCCAGGGAGAGACCUAGAGGGGAGUUAAUUGCUAGUAUAGAAAGAGAAUCUCGAAUAAUGAGGGAGGUGCAAAGGGAAAAUGUUGAACUAAGAGCUGCACUUGAGGAUCACAGAAGAGCUCUUGAGUUAAUAAUGUCAAAAUACAGGCAACAUACAGAAAAGAGAAUAUGGGAGUCUCGGAUAGAUUUUACAUCGGCAAUCAAUGAGAAACAGCAGGAGCUUAUCCGCCAGCAAGCAGAGCGAAUUAAUGAAAUGACAAGUAUCAUGUAUAAAGCAGUGAACAUGGAUGCCCAUGGUGAUACUAGAAGGGAAGAAGAACUAUACCAAAGGCUUAUUACAGAGAAUAAGGGUCUUCGAGAAAUGCUUGAUAUAUCUCGGCGUUAUGGUUCAGACAAGUCGUACCCAUCUAUGGAGGACAAAGAUGUUCAGACAGAUGGGCCACCACUACCUGGAGCGUGACGACCUGCUAAUGACUUGUGCCGCCUCUAAAUAUAUAAUGCACCACCUCUCCAAACAUUCUCUUGGUACAUAACUUUACAUUCUUGUAAGUCUAUUCCAUUUCCAUGCUCAUCUAAAUCUUAUGUUAAUCAUCUCCUAAAAAUUAUUAUGUAAAUUUUUAUUGCAAUUAUUUAAUUGGCAUUGUUGCCUCCUAAUGAAAUUUGAUGUGUGAGCAUAAAUUACUUCACUUGCCUAGAUCAUUUAAUAUGAUCAAGGAUUUUUCUUGAAAAAUUCUUAAUUUGUACUUCUAUCAUUGUUUGAGGAAUCCUAUUAGUGACAAUAUUGGGAUUGUGAGAUUAUUUACAUUAACAUUAAUUAUUCCAUCAAAUGUUAUUUUAUAAUUAUCAAUAUUUAGUUGAACACCCUUUAAUUAUAUUUUCAAACAGUGAAGUGUGUAAAAUAGAAGUGUUUGAAAUAUUAAAUCAUGUAAGCUUUGAAAAUACCAGUUGAUAUUUGAGGGUUUUUUGACAGCGCUCUAUAUCAAGUUAAGACCACAAUUUUGUAAACUAUUUUUGAUAAUAAUUUCAAAUUUGUUAAGAUUACUUCCUGAAAAUUGGUGAAGGGUGAAAUUGUGUUGUAUAUUGAGUUGCUUGAUGCGGAUAAUUGUUAAUUUAGUACGAACUUAUUCAAGUUAUGUUGCUGUUAAUAUGACAACCCAAUUUACAGGAAGUUUUAACAAUAAUUUUAAAGCAGUAAAUGUUAAGAAAUUUUCAAAUUUUUGGAUAAAUAUUGAAGUGAAUGUAAUGUUGUUUUACUUUGAAAUUACAACAAUUGAUUGUCAUAGAUUGUAGCCUGUCAAUACAUUUUCUGCUUGAAUGUGUGAAACUUAUGGCAUUACUGUGAUCUUUAGAAUCUACUUAAUGUUUAUUAAUAUUCUAUGAAUACCAUGUGGGCUAUGGCUACAAAGACUACUACCUGUUUUUCUAUUUUUCUUAGUUUUAUUGUUAAACAUAAUUUGGACUAAAAACAACUUUAAGGUUUUUUACUUAAUAAUAUAACAUUUGAAUAAGUUUGUGUUUCUAUAGAUUUAAUUUCUGUAAUGAAACUUCAUUACACAAUGAGUGUGAAGAAGCAGUUUGAGAAUGGUGACAAAGAAGUCAUUGAUCAAUUUUGAUAAAAAAAUUAACAGUUUGUGUAUGUGCAAAAAUGAUUUACAAGCUAUUCAAAUUUACUUAGCAAAUUACCAUGUAUUAGAUGUAAUGUGCUAUUUAGACAAUAUGAUACUUAUUAAAUUCUAAAGUUUUAUUGCAAAAAAUAACUCCCAACUCUUUUCUUCUGUUCAGUAGAUAUUUCAAUGUAGAAUAUUCCUAUUGUAGAUGGUUAUCAAAUGUAAUGUAGUUGUAACAAAUAUAGAAAAUAUUAAGAUAGUUAAGGUUAAGAUAGUUUGUAGCCACAAAAGCAGUGCUGGUUCAACAUUCAAGUAGAGGCACAAAGCAAGCAAUAUCAGUAUUUUUUUAUUCUUUUAAAAACGAAAAUUAAUGUUUUAUUAAUUUUCGUUUUUAUAGAAUUAAAAGUUAGAACCAUACAAAGCACAAUUUUAUAAAAUAUUAUAUGACAUUUGAUUAGCUUACAAUAAUCAUACCUGGAUCUAUGGAACAAUAUGGGCACAAUUAAAAGAUUUUGCAAACUCAUAAUCUCUUAAAUUCCCUGAACUAAUAACCUUUCUAAGAAAAUUUUAGGCAAAUUAUCAACUCAAACAAAACUUAUGGAUAACAGUAUUUUCAAGAUUGUUUGUAUUUUUCAAUACUUCAACUUAGAUGUGCCAACUGAUGUACUUUCUAAAUGGUGUUAGAGUAAAAAAUAUAAAGCUCAGUUUACAUAAUUCUGAUUUAUUAUAUAUAAAAGAAUCAUAUUGCCCAAAAUAAUGAAUAUAUAUAUCUGUUGAUUUUUUAGGCUAACAAAAUUUACUAAAGUAUUGUAAGAUAAAUUAGUUAUAAUGAAACACUUGAUGCGAUAUUUUUUCAUAUUACAGCUUUGGAUGUUAGUUGCCUAGGGUUAGUGGUUAAAGUAGUUUCUUUAUAGUUGGUAAAUGGUAUGCUAGAAAAAGCAAGCAAUAUAAUGUGGACUGCAUAACAUAAAAAUUAGUCAAACUUGCUUGAUAAGCCGUCCUCACUGGAAGUCGGUACUUUCAUAUACAUAUAUAAUGUUAUCAACUUAAGGAAAUUCUUCAAUGUUUUAAUGAUUAAGCCACAUUAAGGCUGUAUCCUACAAAUAAUUGUAUUUCAUACUCUCUUUGGACCCAUUAAACACCAUGUGGUCAAAAUAGUUUUUACCCUGGAGUACUUGAGUUUCUCCAAUUAAUUAGUAUGUAGUAUUACUCCCUGUUCUAUUUUUAUAGAUGUCUGUAUAGUUUAUCUGCAAAAUUGUUAAUAUAUAAAAUAUGAUUUUGCUUA